AACAUGAAAUAUCGCUUACGUGAACAGUUUUGCUGUAAAAAGACAGCAAAUGUUUCAUAAGUAGCUUGGACACGUUAUACUUGAAAGAACUGAUGUUCUGAGGCUGGAACAACAUAGAAGGGACAAAUUGACGUUAUACUUGACUUUUAUCAAUAGCUGGUUCUCGAAGUCGUCUUCUGCCAUCCUUGCAGGACAUGGGCCCGCUUGCACGAAACAAUCCUAAGUGUAACACUUGGCAAGUGUUGCACUAACGCGUUAGUGCACUAAGUUUAGGGUUGCGGUUAAGUGACAGAGGCCAGUGUGACCAUUACGUUAGUGUCAUAACUACACAUAUCGUCCAAUGACCAAGAAAUCCUAUCCGAAGUUAACAACGCCGCAGUCUAUGUUAGCGUGACUCAGUGCGACACGGCAGCUUAGCAGUGGAAUCCAAAACGCACUGUCAAAGACUCUUUUGACACUCUGUUCGUUGCCCUGAACUCUUUUGUUGAACACAGCGUGGUUAUUUCCUCCAGUUUCAAAGAAAAACACUGAACAUGUCAUUGGUAUAAUUCCAUAAUUCCGGUUACAGAGCAAGUGGCGUGUCCACAGGCUUCUUGUCGAGGGCUAGGUGGACCAUUGACAAUGAAUAAGAGUGAGAAAUAUGGUCGGUGAAGAAAGGAUGUGCACUAAAAAGUAGCGGUAUAGGUAACGAUACAGAGAUCGCGUUACUGUAAAUUUGUAACGGAAAUACUUUUCCAGUACUGAUUUAAAAAAGUAUCAUGAUUCGCACUCCUACUGUAACGGCGAUACGUACAACGCUGGUAAAAUGCAUCACUUCGGCCUGUGAUUCGCCACGAGCUCUUGCGCGAGCCUACCACAGCGGCAUUGGAGCGCGCAAAUUUUAAAUAUAACGAUAACGAUUGUAUUCUGAAAGUUCAAGAUUGGCUCCACGGUGUGCACAAGGCUUGCAGUUUAGUUUAGGGCUACAGCCAUGGCAGUGCCUGUUCUCAACAAACUAACGUGUGCACUACAAAGCAUGGUCGUAGAACAGACGCAAGCAAUGGGCUACGUUUACAUUGAGACCAGGGGCGGAUCUAGGAUUUUCCCGAGGGGGGGGCACUGUGGAUAAGUGCCACGUGCAUGCUGGGAUUGGUCCAUUGAACCCUAUGUUCAAGUCUCGAAGUGAGGGGGUGAUCCGGAACCACCCCAGAUCCGCGCCUGAUUGAGAUUUGAGAGCAACAUUGGCUGUGGAAUAUUAUGCGGGCGCUAUCAACCAUGGUGCAAUAGGCAGGCAUUCGCUACCAUAGGCUGCCACAUACACGGGCAUUCGCAAACGCAUGCAACUAGAACCGCAUGAUGGAAUUGCAUAGCCACAGAGGAAAACACAUGCCUUAUUAUGACGUAAACUUUUUUAACAUCUGGGUUACACCUAUCUAACCGAUGCGAAAGUCCGUUUCUUGCCACAAUUACUUUUUCCUAGCUAUAUGCUAUGAUUUGUACGUCUUCCUACUUGAUGGUACAUACAGAUAUUCCCCAUUGUUCAUCACAUCUUCGCCGUCAUCCGACAGCACCGGCAAAGCUAUCAGCCCAGUGGCUGAUGCUGUCGUCUCCUACAUGCACAUUCUCCUGCGCAAACCUUUGCACCACAGAGAGAUGCAGUGCAAGGAUAUCGGGGGGAACAUGUUUAAGGUCAGCACUACUUAAAGAGAAUGGGGACGUGCAAGUGUAGUGUGGGAGCAGGCGCGUCUCAACACGAGCGUGGGGCCUAAUAUAAAAAAAAAUUAUGAAAGCACACAAAAGAGCAAAAAACUGCAUCACGGUCAGAGUUAUGUUUGUGCCAUAAAACACUGAAUCAUCAGUGACAAAACAACAAAAGUGCUUAAGCAGUAUGACAAAAUCUUUACUUGUUCGUUUUACUACAAUUUUCUGCACUGUACCAAUUUAAUACAUGUUGAUAUGAGCACUAAACUGUUGGUUAGAAUACUGUGAAGAUAUCAUACUACAAAACUAUUUUUCUUCCCUUCUUUCGGGAGAACUCGGAAAUAAUACCUGAUAAGUCAACAGGUUCUGCUAUAUAUCUUUUUGACCGAGAGCAUUGCAAGGCUGGUCCGUGGUGUAAUGGAUUGCACGUUGGACUUGUGCUUUGAGGGAGUUGUCUUUUCCGCUUGACAUCGGUAAUGUUUGCCAUAGGCACGGGGCACGGUAGCAGCUGCACCAGCAGCACAUGCCUAGAGCUAGCCCUGUGUGUGAGGCACCCCAAAAAGAAUUAGAAAAUGUUGCACUCCCUGAACUAGUUGAAGAGGUGCAGACGAAAAGAAUGCAGCUAUUAUAGUGCCUAAGUUGCAGUUCCGUUUGUUUGUGGGCAUUACUUUUCCUCAUUUUAAGAGGACCGACAUUCACAACCGACAUUCAACAAUGUUUGCCAAUGUAGAGCUACAUGUCAUUUCCAGUGAUUUUUUUUUUUUUUUUUUUCUUCUUUUCAGACAGUAUAUAUAUCGUCCACUACACAAGAUGCUUCCGCUCGGAAUUAUCCAACCAUGGGAUUUUAGUAUAAGUCCCAACGAGCUACUGUUGCGUGUAAACAGUGCUGUUGAUGAGUUACGAGCUGAGUACGAUAAAGUGGGCCGUUUGAAGACAGAGGAGGCGACGUUUGAGAACGUAUUAAAUGUACUGGCAGAUUUAGACCGACGUUCACAGAACGAGGAAUACUACUUGAUGGUGGCCCAGUAUGUUGCCCCAGACAAAGAGCUACGAAAAGAGUGUGCAGAGGCGGAGCAGCUGAUCCGAAAGUUUUACGUUGAAACGAGCAUGCGGCAAGAUAUAUUUGAGAAGUUGAGAGCACUGCAACAAAAAGAUGCAACGGUGCUGCCCGCAGAAAUGCAGAGGUACUUGAAGAGAUUGAUCAAGCUUGGUGAAAGGAAUGGUCUCCACCUACCAAACAACAUCCAAGAGCAAGUUAAGAACCUCUCAAAUGAAAUCAACGACCUGUGCAUUCAGUAUAUGGGCGUACUCAAUGAAGAGAGCUCCACCAUUGAGUUCACAGAGCAAGAACUUGACGGCAUUCCUGAAGACUUUGUGAAAAGUCUUGAAUUGGUUGAAUCAGGGAAGCGGAAGCUUACGAUGAAACCACCCCACUGCAUGUCCGUAAUGAACAAGGCGAAGCACCCUGAGACGCGCCGCCGCAUGGACUUUGCUCGUGGAUCCUGCUGUCUGGAGAACACUCCAACGAUAGAUAAGCUGGGCGCUUUAAGACACGAGAAAGCUGUCCUGCUCGGGUAUCCCGACAAUGUCAGUUUUGUCACGGAAAUAUCAAUGGCCAAAUCGAGGGAUACCGUCUACAACUUUCUGACUGGCAUGGAAGAAAAACUGCAACCUUUGUGGCAGAAGGAAAAGCAAGUUUUUCUUAAACUCAAGGAGGAAGAGUGUCAACAACUUGGCAUACCAUUUGAUGGGAAGUUGAACUAUUGGGACAUCAGAUACUAUGACAACAUGGCCAAGAACUGCAUCUACAACGUUGACCACGAAAAGCUGCGGGAAUACUUUCCCCUUGAUACUGUUCUGACUCGGCUGCUCGAAAUAUAUGAGCAACUUCUUGGAUUGGUGUUCGAGCAAGUGCCAGAUGUAAAGCUUUGGCAUCCUGAGGCGAGUUUGUACAAGGUCAAUGAUGCAGCCACAGGAGAACUUAUGGGUUACUUCGCUUUGGACAUGUUCCCGAGAGAGGGCAAGUACAGCCAUUUCUGCAAUGCUCCCAUGCAGCCGGGAUGCCUCAAAGCAGAUGGUACAAGACAGCUUCCUGUUUACACUCUCAUCUGCAAUUUCCCUAAGCCGACUGCAGACAAGCCCUCUCUGCUUACUCACGAGGAUGUGGAAACCGUCUUUCACGAGUUUGGCCACACGAUGCACAGCAUUUGCAGCAGAGCUACCUUGGCCAUAUUUGAAGGCAUGAAAACAGAAAAUGAUUUCAUGGAAUGUCCUUCACAAAUGCUUGAAAACUGGGUCUGGGAAGCAGAACCACUCAUGAGGAUGUCUGGUCACUAUGUCACUGGAAAGCCGUUGCCCCAGGAACUCAUUGACCUGCUGCUUGAGUCACGAUUGGCAGGUACAGCUUGGUCCUACCUGCGCCAGAUCAGCCUUGCCCUUUUGGACUACACUAUCCACACACAGCCACGUGUAGAUACCCAGAAGGUGCACAAGGAGAUCCAAGAGAAGCUCCUACAGUGCCUGCCACAAGAGGGUACAAACAUGGCAGCACAUUUUGGUCACUUGGCUUGGGGCUACGACGGAAAUUACUACAGUUACAUGUGGACUGAGGUGUUCAGCAAGGACCUGUUCAGCUCCCGUUUCAAGAAGGAAGGGAUAUUUAACAAACAGACAGGCAUGGAGUAUCGCAAGAAGAUUCUCGAGCCGGCAGGAUCUAAGGAUGGCGCAGAUAUGCUCAGGGACUUUCUUGGGCGAGAUCCUAACACCGAAGCGUUCUUGAUAAGCAAAGGAUUAUCUCUCGCUUAAAUAUGGCUUUCCCCUAAGAUGUUUUGUUACUGUGCACAAUUUUCUAAAUAAAACAGUUCUAUAGCUGUCUCACUGCA